UCAAAAUUUAGGGGAAGGGUGUUCCAGGUACCAGGAACAACCAGUGUAAAGGCCCUGAGGUGGGACUCUGAUGGGUGUGGUUACAGAACAGCAACUAGGAAUGUUGGGGGAAGGUGGGGUGUCAGAGGUAAUAGGGACAAAUGAGGUAAAGACCCGCGGGCCACAUUGAGGACUGGGGCAUGUAUUUGGGGUGAUGAGAAAUGUAGUACAUUCUUGAGUAGAGGAGAAAUGUGACCUGGCUUGUAAAAGUCUGGAUUAGACCCUAGGGAUCCUAACCUACUCAAACCUUUCUGGCAGCCCUGAGAACAGCUGGUGUACACUGAGACAUUCUGCCCUCCCCCGCAACAAUCCCACUCAGUGGUUGGGUCUGGGCAGGACACCCUGACAAUCCCCCCUACCUGGGUAGAUCAAUGGGAUGAUGCGGUGGUUGUCAUGACGAUGAUUGCUAGAGGAGUCAGGAGGGGAGGGUCCCUGUGGGCACAGGGAAUAGUCUGCCUUGACCUUCAGGGGUGGUGCCAGGGGAACCAUGCCGCUCUACGGGCGUACUCGAGGCCAUGUCAUCCAUCCCUCAGUUCUGGGCCAACGCCCUGUUCGACCCAUGGCUGGCCCCAUCACUGCAUCUGUACCCGAGAAGAGCUGCUAUGGAGCUUUCUCCUGCAGUGGGGCUAUUCCCCUAGAGGCCAACAAUCCAUCAUGUGGGCCCUUGCCCUCAGUCAGCCACCUAAAUCCAAGAACUCAGAUCGCCAUGGAUCGGAUGAAGAAGAUCAAACGGCAGCUGUCAAUGACACUCCGAGGUAGCCGAAGCAUAGACAAGACCAAUGGUGCCACUGAGCAGAUAGGCCUGGAUGAGAGUGGCGGUGGUGGUGGCAGUGACCCUGGAGAGGCCCCAACACGUGCUGCUCCUGGGGAACUUCGCUCUGCACGGGGCCCACUCAGCUCUGCACCAGAGAUUGUGCACGAGGACUUGAAGAUGGGGUCUGAUGGGGAGAGUGACCAGGCUUCAGCCACAUCCUCAGAUGAGGUGCAGUCUCCAGUGAGAGUGCGCAUGCGCAACCAUCCCCCACGCAAGAUCUCCACUGAGGACAUCAACAAGCGCCUGUCGCUACCAGCUGACAUCCGGCUACCUGAGGGCUACCUUGAGAAGCUGACCCUCAAUAGCCCCAUCUUUGACAAGCCACUCAGCCGCCGCCUCCGUCGUGUCAGCCUGUCUGAGAUUGGCUUUGGGAAACUGGAGACUUACAUUAAGCUGGACAAGCUGGGCGAGGGUACCUAUGCCACCGUCUACAAAGGCAAAAGCAAGCUCACAGACAACCUUGUGGCGCUCAAGGAGAUCAGACUGGAACAUGAAGAGGGGGCACCGUGCACCGCCAUCCGGGAAGUGUCCCUGCUCAAGGACCUCAAACAUGCCAACAUUGUUACGCUACAUGACAUUAUCCACACGGAGAAGUCCCUCACCCUUGUCUUUGAGUACCUGGACAAGGACCUGAAGCAGUACCUGGAUGAUUGUGGGAACAUCAUCAACAUGCACAACGUGAAACUGUUCCUGUUCCAGCUGCUCCGUGGCCUGGCCUACUGCCACCGGCAGAAGGUGCUACACCGAGACCUCAAGCCCCAGAACCUGCUCAUCAAUGAGAGAGGAGAGCUCAAACUGGCUGACUUUGGUCUGGCCCGGGCCAAGUCAAUCCCAACAAAGACGUACUCCAAUGAGGUGGUGACACUGUGGUACCGUCCCCCUGACAUCCUGCUUGGGUCCACGGACUACUCCACUCAGAUUGACAUGUGGGGUGUGGGCUGCAUCUUCUAUGAGAUGGCCACAGGCCGGCCCCUCUUCCCAGGCUCCACGGUGGAGGAACAACUGCAUUUCAUCUUCCGCAUCUUAGGAACCCCAACUGAGGAGACGUGGCCAGGCAUCCUGUCCAAUGAGGAGUUCAAGACCUACAACUACCCCAAGUACCGAGCCGAGGCCCUUUUGAGCCACGCACCCCGACUUGAUAGUGACGGGGCUGACCUCCUUACCAAGCUGCUGCAGUUUGAGGGUCGAAAUCGGAUCUCCGCAGAAGAUGCCAUGAAACAUCCAUUCUUCCUCAGUCUGGGGGAGCGGAUCCACAAACUUCCUGACACUACUUCCAUAUUUGCACUAAAGGAGAUUCAGCUACAAAAGGAGGCCAGCCUUCGGUCUUCAUCAAUGCCUGACUCAGGCAGGCCAGCUUUCCGCGUGGUGGACACCGAGUUCUAAGCCACAGACCGAGGCCCCAGCAGGCAGCGGCUGGAGGGAUGCCACACCCCUCACAGGGCAGCCCCCAACUACAUCUUCCCUGCUUACUCUCUGCCUACCUGCCUGAGCCAUGUUCGCCUGCCCACUUGUCCCCUGCUGCCUGCCCAAACACCCGACCAUUGGCCUGUCAACCCACCUAUUGGCCUGUCUGCUGGGUGCUAACAAAGCUCUCAUCACUCCUUCACUUGGUCUGUCUGUCUCUGUCUUGGUAGUUGCCGGCGGACAGCAUGGCUGUGCCAGCCUCCCACACUGAGGCCAGGCCUACCCCUCAUCAUACCAUCCCCCAGGACCACUACCCCACGGCCAGCCAGGGGUCCAGAGCUAGUUCAGGCGGGGGAUCUCAACUCAGACAAGAUGGUGACAAUGCCUUGAGUCUGAGGCGUCCCUGCCUGCUUUCCUGCCUGCCCCACUUGCCUCAUAUUAUGUGGGCCUUUUUUUUGUUUAUUUCAUUUUUUUAAUUAUUAUUUUAAAUGAGGUUUUCAUUUUUUUAAAUGCAAUAUCUCUGUAUACAGACUGGCUGGGCCCCACCCCCUGCGUGUGGCCCUCCCAUAGUAUUUUGUGCAAUGAAGCCCUGCUCCCAGCCUUUCAGAGACAGGGACAUAGCCCCUAUUUGGAACCCUGAUCAUCACCAAACCCUGGGAUCAGCUAUGGGAAAGCAUGCCACGGCCACUCACCUUCCUAACCCUGCCUGCCAUCCCCAGCUGCAGGGAGAUCUAGGGACUACCAGAGACUCUGGGAAAUGGACAAGGUUGGGGGGGCCCCACUCUUUCCCUCCUGCAGUCCCAUAGCUGGGGCCUCCUCCCUUCUCAGGGUCUCCGCAGCCCAGCCCUCCUGCUCCCAUCCCACGCGGUGCUGUUGGGUAGGGGCCCUGCCAGGAACUGACCAGCUUGGCAAGGAGCCAUAGUGUGCAUAUGUAUGUGCACAAGAAGGGUUGGUGGGGGUGUGAGGGGUUAUGCCCAAGUGUUGCCCCCUAUCCCCUGGGGGAGGGUGAGGCAGGGCAGGGACAGUCUCCAGGGUCAGUCCCUGGAUGGGUGGUUACCUCCCCUUCCUCCACCCUAAGCCCUGGGGCCCUGAAAUGGGGUGGGAGGCAGGGGUGGGAGCCCUCCUAGUGGGGUUUGGGGGGUUGGGUUCCUGAAUGCACCAUAAUCGCUGUAUGAAAUAUUAAAAAGUCUAAAGUGAAAA